AUGUGGAAUGAUGUGGAGCGUAUCUUGGAGAAGAUUGAUGGAGCAGAGCGCAAGGCCAUCCUCCUCGAGGCCGAGAAGCGCGCGAACGAGGAGCUGGCCUUCUUCCGCGACAAGGGCGACCGACGCGGAGAGGAACACCCGAACUGGGAGAAGGUGGCCCGGGUUCUGUGGCAGGAUGCUUUGGAGGUAGUAUGA